AUGUCCGCCACCAGAAACACCGAAGCUGUUGCUCACCAGACUGGUGAAUUCAGCGCUCACGUCCCUCGCGCUGAGCCCAUGACUACCCACGGUCACCAACCUGGACGGAAGUCUGGUCCCAAUGACAACGUCGAGGAGUACCACGCUCACACCCUCCCCGCGGGUACUGCUCCCCCGGAGCACACUUUCCAGUACCAGACUCAGGGCGCCAUCCCCGGCCAGGAGGCUGGCGAGCUCACCUCUGCUGCCGACACCCUCGGCGGUGCCACCUCUGCUGACGUCAACACCGGCUACGGUCACCCUGGCCAGGGUCAGACCAGCUCUGAGAAGCACCAUGGUGGACAGCACCAUGCCACCAAGGCCAAGGAAGGUCUGACUGGCACUGGUGUGUCUGGUCUUCCUGCCACCAACAACCCCGUCCACGGCCAGCACUUGGACCGCCCUUAA